UCUCUCUCUCUCUCUCUCUCUCUCUCUGUCUCGCCCUCCCAUGCCUCCUUGUUUUGUUCCAUCUUUACUCCUCUCAUCCCCUUUUAUACUCGUCAUUUGAGUGCAACUGUUUGUUUGGAUUCCAAGACCGCUUUGUUCUCUAGCAGAGACAGUAAGAGAGUCAGGGGGUGGAAUUUGGAGGCUUUUGGUUAAGACUGUCUCUUGGGUGUUGUAGAUCCACAACCUGUGUACUUAGAUUUGGGCUCUUCCUGUUUUCUCCUCCUGCCUCUUAGAUCUAAUUUAGCGUAACAAUAAGGAGAGCACAUGAUUCUGUGUUGGCUAGCGAGGGGUUGUUUUGUGGCUCUAAUCUGGACUGGUCAGUGAUCCUUGACAGACACCAAAUACGAACAGUGGUGUGUGACUGCCGAGGGAGAAGACACCAACAACACGACUGUCAUCAGAGUCCGAAAAGGUCACUGUUGUUUUGCUGCUUCGGUCGAGAAGAUGGCAGCGGCCUCGUCGUCGGUACCUCUCUUUGGAGUUAGAGAGGAGGAGGAUGAGUACGGCAAGCAACCGCCGCAGCCGAAGCAGCAGCCUUUGCCCGCCCAACCUGCGGCUCCCCCGCCAAAGAAGAAGAGGAAGCUCCCUGGGAAUCCAUACCCGGACGCGGAGGUCAUAGCUUUGUCGCCGAGAACGCUGCUGGCCACGAACCGGUUCGUGUGCGAGGUUUGCAACAAGGGGUUCCAGCGGGAGCAGAACCUGCAGCUGCACCGGCGCGGCCACAACCUGCCGUGGAAGCUGAAGCAGAAGAACCCCAAGGAGGCGCGCCGCCGGGUUUACCUCUGCCCGGAGCCGACGUGCGUGCACCACGACCCCUCGCGCGCCCUCGGCGACCUCACCGGCAUCAAGAAGCACUACUGCCGCAAGCACGGCGAGAAGAAGUGGAAGUGCGACAAGUGCUCCAAGCGCUACGCCGUGCAGUCGGACUGGAAGGCGCACUCCAAAACCUGCGGCACCCGCGAGUACCGCUGCGACUGCGGCACCCUCUUCUCCAGGCGUGACAGCUUCAUCACCCACAGAGCCUUCUGCGACGCGUUGGCACAAGAAAGCGCACGGGUUCCGAGCGGCAUCGACUUGUACGGGAACAGCGGCAUCAGCUCCGGGCUUCCUCAGGUGAAUUCGCAGCUCUGCUCGUUGCAGACCUCAGCUGUUGACCUCCUCCGCCUCGGCGGCGGCGGCGGCGGUGCAACGCAGUUCGACCACUUGACCGCUUCGGCCUUCCGUCCACCACCUCCGCCUCAACCCACGCCCUUUUAUCCCGGCGGCGGCUCGAGCCAGGAGCUCAAUGGAGGCUCCCCGUUUCUCCAGAACAUGCCGACCAACACCAACGCCUCCUGCUCACCAUCAUCCGCUGCCGCCGCAGCUGGGAACCUCUUCAACCUGGGCUUCUUCUCCAACAGCCGCAGUUGCAUGAACACCGACGAGCAAGCAGCGACGCUGUUCGCUGGGAAUCUCAUGAGCAACAACAUCGACAUGAACAUGUCGUCCCUGCUCACCUCCUCAUUACACAGCGAAUCCGCAGCUCCGCAGAUGUCCGCCACUGCGUUGCUUCAGAAGGCCGCGCAAAUGGGCGCAACGUCCAGCCGCGGGUGCUUCGGAAUCACGUACUCCGCCGCCGGGGGUUCGAAGCACGCAAGCCUUAGAGACGAUUCCAAGAGCAGCGGCCUCGGAGAGAGCUCAAGAACACAAGUGGAGAACGAGAACCACCUCCAAAACCUUAUGCACUCGCUGGCGAACGGAAGCAGCGGCAUAUUUGGCGGUGGGAAUGACACGGAGACUGCUGCUUUGGGUGGAUUCAAUCCGGGCUUGUGCGGCAUGGACGAGGACAAGCUGCACCGCAAUCCAUCGUCGGGUGCCAUGGGAGGAUCCGACAGGCUAACCAGAGACUUCCUUGGGGUCGGCAGCAUGAUGAGAAGCCUGCAGGGGGGAGGAAUGGCGCAGCCAGAACGGCAGCUCGGCAUCCCCAUGGCCACUGUGGACUCAGAAACGAAGUCAGGUUCUUGUCGUCUACCUUACGGUGAUGGGAGUCUGCUUUCAAGGAGGAGCAACCCGUAGGCGGCCGAGGAAGAAGAGAAGCUUAUUAGGUUUGUGUGGCUUCAACUUGGUCAUUCAAAGAUAAAGCUGCUGUUGUUGUUAUUGUUGCUUAGCAAGUGUUGUAGGACUUAAUUAUCUUUGUCUUGGUUCCCAAUUAUGGUGAUUCCUUCCUUGCUCUCUA